CUCUAGCCCGGGCUAACUGUUAAACGUUCGUUCCGCACUUUGUUUGAAUUUAUCAGACUAUGUCUCGUCUUAUGGGUCGCUUGCUCCAACAGAGCUUGGCACGUCAGUUGAACGCUGGGAUAAGUGUGGGGCGUGAAACGGUACUCUGGGUGUUCCCUUUGACCGUUACGGCGGGGUGGAUUCUGUGGCCCACCCUCAACGAGGAAUGGUUGAUUGAUAUGGGAUUAGCGACACACCCCGAUAUUGGUUUGCAAAAAGUGCAAGCCGACAAGGAAGCGCGGUUGGUAGCCCACAAGCAAGCCAAGACGCCCGCCAUGCCGGAGAUGGAUUCCACUCCCAUGGCGUCUGUGGUGGUAGCCAACGAUGAGGAAGUGGACGAUGAUGAUGACGAAGAAAGCGAAUCCGUGUAUGUUGAGAAAGAAACGAACGGCGAAGAGGAUGUAGAGGAGGAGGAAGACGAAGAUGCCGGUGCCAAUGGUGCUGCCGAUGACGAGGAGGAUGCGGCAGAAGAAGAGGAAGACGAAGAGGAAAUUGUCAUCAAGCCUCUGUAUACGAUCGUGAAGGAGCCCGGCAACGAAAAUGCGUGGGAUAAUUUCUCUAUCAAGGCUAUUCGUAUGACCGACGAGGAUGACGACGAUGAUGAGGAUGAAGAUGACGACGACGAGUAAAUUUAAGUUGUCUUUAACUACUAGUAUUUACAUUUGAUUGCCC